UGUGGUGGUGAAACUGUUUCACUAAAACUUUCGCAGAGGAAGAGGCAGCGGCUCCAAAAGCGAAGAGAAGCAGAAAGCCGCCCCUCUGGAGACAAACAGGAGGUUGACGCCCCGGAGGGACGGGCCGAAGGAGCGACGACCCCUGCGGAACAAACCCAGGCUAAGAACAAACCAGAAGGGAAAGCCAAGAGGGCACGCCUGGACGAAACCAUAUCCCCAAGAGGCGACCACAAAAAACAGCGGACGGACGCCUCGGGCAACAAAGAACCACCCUCCUCCUAUGCGGCGGCAGCAGCGACAGACCUGACGGUGGCGAUCACCAACGAUCGCACGGGCAGACUGACGCAGCAAGACGCAGCAGAUGUGGAGAAGAAGAUCGGGGAUGCCAUCUUCCAGGCAGCCAUAGAAACCGAUCUGGACACCGUAGCGGAGGCCCCAGCGUUCUCAGGUAGACCCAGUUUAGUGGAUGGGUACCUGAAGCUGUGGUGCCAGGACGCGAACACCAAGGCAUGGCUGAUGAAAUGGUUGGAGUCGGCCACCCUUCAGAACGGAGACCGUCUCGUUGGGAAGAGGGAGGACGAGAUGGUCCGGAACACAAGGUGCGGUAUUCUGAUCCCGUCCCUGGAAGACAACCUCACCAAGGUAGGAAGGGUCCUCAACUUCCAGAACCCGUGGGCCAUGGUGAGGAAGUGGACACUACACCAGGCGAUCCCCCUAAAGAAAAGGGCCUGUACCCUACUCCUGGUGGGAAUACCUGAAGACGUUGUCCCUACAGUGAUGGAAAAGGGAAGGAGACUGAACUACCUAUGUGGGACAGUCUACAUUCGUUUCCAACACAGCGGAGGACGCUUCAGAGAUUCCCCACCAGAGAAGAACGCAACAGAGGCGAACACAGACGGAGGGGAGGACAAACCCGCAGAAAACGCAACAUCAUCACCAAAGAAUACCCCCUCUGCCAUGGACACCGAUGUCGCAAACGAACACACCUCAGACAUAGAGGAAGGCAUUUUGCUGGACUCGGAGGAUGAGGAUGGACUACCGAAGGGGAUCAGUCUCCUGGACCUAAAGGGAAGGGCGGAAGGGACACCCCCCGAUGGCGCCUUCCCACUGUAAGGUCCUUCAGGUUAACCUCCAGCACAGCGAAUCUGCAACGGCUCAACUUCGAAGAUGGCUGGAGGUUAACCCAACAUCCAUAGCCCUGAUUCAAGAGCCGUGGAUCAGGAACACACGCAUAAACGGCCUUUGUAACACCGGAGGUAAUUUAGUUUAUAAUACACAUUACAAACCAAGAUCCUGUAUAUACAUAUCCCGUAACAUAAUGGCACAACCACUAACUCAAUUCUGUUCCAGAGACGUGUGUGCCAUAAAACUCCUCAGAACACAAAACUCAAGUCUACCGGAGAUAGUCCUGGCGUCCACCUACAUGGCGGCGGAGGACGAACCACCUCCAGUGGAGAUGAACAACCUCAUACGCUACUGCGAACGAGAAAGGCUCGAGCUGGUCAUAUCUGCAGACUGCAACGGCCAUCACAACCUAUGGGGAAUGGAAACCAACAACAAAAGAGGACUGGCAGCUCAACACAUAUCCAACUGGCACGUGUCGGAUGAGCUAUCCUGCUCCGACCACAGAUGGAUUCGGUACGACCUGACAGCCGACACACACACUACCACAACUAGAAGAAACCCGAGACGCACGGACAUACCGGCGUACAAGGAACUUCUGGAAGGUAAACUAGACAAUAACACACACACAGACAGACCUAGCAAUACAAAGGAGUUGGAGGAACAGGUAAACUUACUUAUUAAAAACAUUACCGAUAGCUACGAAAACACAUGUCCACUAUCGACCUUAUCAGCUAGAGGAAAAAGCAGUAACAACAACAGCUGGUGGGGACCGGAGUUGGACCGAAUGAGAACAAAAAUGAGAAGGUUACUUAACAGAGCAAUGAACACAAGAGCUGAAGAGGACUGGGAUAAGUACAAAACAGCUAAAACAGACUAUAAGAAAAGGCUAAGAUACAGAAAAUCAGCCACAUGGCGGAAUUUCUGCGACAACAUAUCCAAUGUAACACAGGCAAACAGAACAAGGAAAAUCCUUGCAGACCAACCAAGGCAACUACUGGGCACCCUGAGGAGACAGGAUAAUAGCACCACCAGCAGCCCAGCAGAGACAGAAAGGCUACUGGUUGAGACCCACUUCCCAGGAUGCAAGGUAGUAAAUGAGCAAGACCCAGAACAACAUACAAUGAACUACAAUCCAACUGAAAGAGAAUGGAAGACAGCAGAACGCAUAACAGAACAUAGCAAAACGACCUGGGCGGUAAAUAGUUUCGAUAACUUUAAAUCGCCGGGAACGGACGGAAUCUACCCAGCCCUACUAAAGUGGGGAGGACAUACAUUAAUAAAACAUUUAUCCAAUCUACUGUGCAGCUGUAUAGCCUUUAGAUAUAUACCACAGAAAUGGAGGGAAGUGAAAGUGAUUUUCCUACCAAAACCAGGAAAAACCGAUUAUUCAGAUCCUAAGUCUUUUAGAC